AUUGAGAUUAAAGAACAAGGCACAAUUCAUCCAUGGCGCCGCCGUCAGCAUUUUGUAGGCAUGACAUGAUAUUUUCAACCAAUUUUUUAGUCAGACAAAUUGGUAAUGCGCCAAACCGAUCCAUCCAUUAACACCAACUAGAAAUUCCAAUUGAACCCUGGAAAUUAUUACCCCCCAAACAGAAGGUGUUGCGAAUUUUCUCUUUCAAUCUCGUAUAUUAAGAGCUUCCAACAGAGGGUGUAAAAUCUAUAUGGUGUAAAACUGGUCUUCCUGAAAAAGCAGAGCUAGGACAAAGAAAACGAUGUCAUUAGUCGGGCCAUCCGAUCCAUCUCCGUUGUCGUAUGGAACUCGCAAACUCUACUCGUUGAAAGGAACCAAGAAUGCUUCCGACUUGUCCACGCAGAUAUUUGGUUCCGAAAAGAAUAGGACGAUGUAUAUGAAUGAUUCGUAUUGCAGUGAGAGCUACGACAAGUAUUUCCUUGACUUCCCGAUCGAAGAGCUAUCGGUUUCUGGCAUUUCUACUGACUCGUUUCAUCCCAACGCUGCUUUGUAUGGGCUAAGGGCUGAUUCUCUAUCCCCUUUGUGUGAUUCGUUUACACGUUUUGAUGCUUAUCAAUCGAACUUAUACUCGGUUUGCCUUGAGAGUACAAGUCCAGAACAGCUGGAUUUUGAGGAUGAUCAAGUGAGACAGAAGUUGCAAGAAUUGGAGAGAGAUCUGCUCGGCGAACCCGAUUCUGCUGAUUACGAGGAUGAGAUGUUUGCAAAUGGCCAAAGCAUGGAUAUUGAUAGCGAAUGGGCGAAUUCAAUUCAAGAUGCAUUGCUUCAUGACUCGCCGAAGGAAUCGACAUCGAUGGAUUCUAAUUUCAGUACCAUCAGUAGCAACAAGGAUGCAUCUCAAAUAUCAUCACAGAAUCCCAGACAGAUACUUAUAGAAUGUGCUUCUGCUAUCUCAGAAGACAACUUUGAAGAAGCAUCAGCUAUGAUAGAACAGCUCCGGGGUAUGGUCUCGGUUCAGGGAGAUCCCUCACAGAGGAUCGCAGCGUAUUUAGUGGAAGGUCUUGCUGCUCGGUUGUUGGAGUCGGGGAAAUGUCUUUAUAAAGCCUUGAGAUGCAAAGAACCCCCUUCCUCGGACCGUCUCGCAGCUAUGCAGAUCCUUUUUGAGGUCUGCCCCUGUUUCAAAUUUGGCUUCAUGGCUGCAAACUGUGCCAUUAUCGAGGCAGCGAAAGAUGAGAAGAGAAUUCACAUAAUCGAUUUCGAUGUAAGCCAAGGAACUCAGUACAUAAAAUUGAUUCAGAUGCUAGCAGCUCAGCCAGGUAAGCCACCACAUUUGAGGCUAACUGGUGUUGAUGACCCUGAAUCGGUACAGCGCCCUGUUGGAGGUCUUAGACACAUUGGACAAAGGCUCGAGCAGCUGGCGAAAGCGCUGCGUGUUCCAUUUGAAUUUCACGCAAUCGCCUCAAAUGCUUUAGAUGUCACUCCCUCAAUGCUCGCCUCCCGGCCUGGAGAAGCACUCAUAGUAAACUUUGCUUUUCUACUUCACCACAUGCCAGAUGAAAGCGUUUCAACCGUAAAUCUACGAGACAGGCUUCUCCGAAUGGUUAAGAGCCUGAAUCCCAAACUAGUAACAGUCGUCGAACAGGACAUGAAUGCAAAUACGACCCCAUUCGUUUCAAGAUUCAUCGAAACGUAUAACUACUACGCAGCUGUGUACGACUCUCUCGAUGUAACACUUCCAAGAGAUAGUCAAGACAGAAUAAAUGUAGAAAGACAAUGCUUGGCGAAGGACAUAGUCAACAUUGUAGCUUGUGAAGGUGAAGAAAGAGUAGAGCGAUACGAAGUCGCUGGGAAAUGGCGGGCAAGAAUGACAAUGGCUGGCUUCACUUCGUGUUCGAUGAGCGAAAAGGUGACCGACCCGAUACGUAAGCUUAUUAUGGAAGAGUAUUGCGAGAGAUUCAAGAUGUAUGAGGAAAUGGGUACACUCCAUUUUGGAUGGGAAGAGAAAAGCUUGAUAGUUACUUCAGCAUGGAGGUAACUUAGAGUGUAUGACAUUAGUUGUUGUAUCUGUUUUGCUUCAAUGCUUGUGUGUGUAUGUGUUUGGUUCCUAGUUAUCUAACAUUAGAUAAAGCUUACAGGUUACCUGCUCUA